CGCCUGAGGAGGAGGAGGAGGAGGAGGCGGCGGGCGGGAGGGCGGCAGCGCCGGGCGGCGGGAGGCGCGUGGAAGAACCUUCCCGGCCGCCGCUCCCCUCCCGAUUGCGGCGUCCCGGCGGCGGCGGCGGCGGGGCUCGGCGCGCCAUGGACAGGCCGGCGGCGGGCUGCGAGGGCGGCGGGGGCCCGGGCCCGGGGCCGACGGGCGGUAGGAGGCCCGCUCGAGCCGUGGGGGGCGCCGUCGGCGGCUCCCGGCAACCCAGCGUGGAGGCCCUGGACAGUCCUACAGGAUCACAUGUUGAAUGGUGUAAACAGCUUAUAGCUGCUACAAUUUCUAGUCAGAUUUCAGGUUCAGUGACAUCAGAAAAUGUAUCCAGAGAUUACAAGGUUUUCAGGAGGCCUGAUAUAAGGAAUAUUCAUAAAGCAAGACAAAGAUUGGAGAUUCAGGAAGAGCACAAUGGCUACCCUUCUGAAGCUGAAGCUGAUCAGGUGGCUCUACGGGAUGGAAAUAAGCUGGCACAGAUGGAAGAAGCGCCACUUUUUCCAGGAGAAUCAAUUAAAGCCAUUGUGAAAGAUGUCAUGUAUAUCUGCCCAUUUUUGGGAGCAGUGAGUGGAACCCUUACAGUGACGGACUUUAAGAUGUACUUCAAAAAUGUAGAGAGGGACCCGCAUUUCAUCCUUGAUGUUCCCCUUGGAGUGAUCAGUAGAGUUGAGAAGAUUGGAGCACAAAGCCAAGCAGACAAUUCUUGUGGUAUAGAGAUCGUGUGCAAGGAUAUGAGGAACUUGCGACUUGCUUAUAAACAGGAAGAACAGAGUAAACUAGGGAUAUUUGAAAACCUCAACAAACACGCAUUUCCUCUUUCUCAUGGGCAGGCACUAUUUGCAUUCAACUAUAAAGAAAAAUUUCCAAUUAAUGGCUGGAAAGUUUAUGAUCCAGUAUCUGAAUAUAAAAGACAGGGCUUGCCAAAUGAGAGUUGGAAAAUAUCCAAAAUAAACAGUAAUUAUGAGUUCUGUGACACCUACCCUGCCAUCAUUGUUGUGCCAACUAGUGUAAAAGAUGAUGACCUUUCAAAAGUGGCAGCUUUUCGAGCAAAAGGCAGAGUUCCUGUGUUGUCAUGGAUUCAUCCAGAAAGUCAGGCAACGAUUACCCGUUGCAGCCAGCCACUCGUGGGUCCCAAUGAUAAACGCUGCAAAGAGGAUGAAAAAUACUUGCAAACAAUAAUGGAUGCUAAUGCACAAUCACACAAACUUGUCAUCUUUGACGCCCGACAAAACAGUGUUGCUGAUACCAACAAGGCAAAGGGUGGAGGAUAUGAAAGUGAAAGUGCUUACCCAAACGCAGAACUCGUGUUCUUGGAGAUCCACAACAUUCACGUGAUGAGAGAGUCACUGCGGAAAUUAAAAGAGAUUGUGUAUCCUUCAAUCGAUGAGGCACGGUGGCUAUCCAAUGUGGAUGGGACACAUUGGCUGGAAUAUAUAAGGAUGCUUCUUGCUGGGGCAGUAAGAAUUGCUGAUAAAAUCGAAUCUGGGAAAACAUCUGUGGUGGUGCACUGCAGCGAUGGCUGGGACCGAACAACCCAGCUCACGGCUCUAGCUAUGCUCAUGUUGGACAGUUAUUACCGGACCAUUAAAGGAUUUGAAGCACUCAUAGAGAAGGAGUGGAUAAGCUUUGGACACAGGUUUGCACUGCGAGUAGGCCAUGGUAAUGACAACCAUGCAGAUGCUGACAGAUCUCCCAUAUUUCUUCAGUUUAUUGAUUGUGUUUGGCAAAUGACAAGACAGUUUCCUUCAGCGUUCGAAUUUAAUGAAUUAUUCUUGAUUACAAUUUUGGAUCACCUUUAUAGCUGUCUCUUUGGGACCUUUUUGUGCAACUGUGAACAACAGCGAUUGAAAGAGGAUAUAUAUACAAAGACUAUAUCUUUAUGGUCUUAUAUCAAUAGCCAGCAGGAUGAGUUUUCUAAUCCCUUCUUUGUGAAUUAUGAAAACCACGUGUUAUAUCCUGUUGCUAGCCUGAGUCAUUUGGAAUUAUGGGUAAACUACUAUGUACGAUGGAAUCCACGGAUGAGACCUCAGAUGCCAAUUCACCAGAAUCUCAAGGAGCUGCUGGCCGUCAGGGCGGAGCUGCAGAAGCGGGUGGAGGACCUGCAGCGGGAGGUGGCCGCGCGCACCCUCUCCUCCCCCUCGGAGCGGGGCUCCUCACCAUCCCACUCGGCCACUCCUGUCCACACGUCGGUCUGACCGGCAAGGCCGGCCGUCUCGGGCCCCCCUGCUGCUCCGCUGUCUCCUCAGCAGCUCAGGAAAGGGACCUGGCAGUCACUCUUAUGGCUGUAGCUUGUGCUCUUGUCUUUUAGGAUUGGGCCUCGGGACCAUUUAUGUGGCUAGGUGACAGCUCCCAUUUCGGCAAGUGCUUUUUGUCUUGUGAACAGCCUGUUAUGCUCCUGUCAGUGGUUUCACAGGGGCACUUUUUGUCCUGUCCCACUGUGGACUGACUCCCUGUCGUCCUCCCGCUGGAGAACGCCUCACACCUUCUGUCCCGGUGAGUCCUCCAUGCGCACCACACAGCGUUCGCCGAGAGACCACAGCGCCAGCCGCAGCGCUGCGCUCAGCUCCGUGCCGCAACUCAAACUCUUUUUAAGUGAGAUAGUUGGGGGGAAGACAGACCGUUGCCAUCUAUUCUACAGUUAUCUUCAUGCAAGGGGGCUUCCUGUACCAAUUACUGUUGUGUACAUAUAAGGUAUUUUUACAAAAGAGAAACAUGCCUUUAUUUUCCUAUGUCCUUUUUUAUGUUUAGAAUAGUCACCUGAGGAGGUAUCUGCUUAACUGUACUGUGUGAGAAAUUCUUUUCCAACAAACCUCAUGCUAACUCUUACAUGGUACAUUUGAACCCAGAUUUGAAUGUGGUCAUUUCAGUGGCAAUGCGCUGUGGCCGCGCCUAAUGCUGGCACUUGCCUCCUGAGGUGGCCUGGUCCGCUGAGGCGGGGAGCAGCAGUUCCCCUCGGCACGGCAGGGACUAGGCAUGCUUGGUCCUCCGGCCCUGCUGAGGGUGAACCAAGGCCACAGGCAGCUCUGCGCAGGGGCUGGCCUGCCUGCUGUUCCCGCCUCUUUAGAUGCCAGCUGUUUGUAUCAGAGCAGGUCUGCUUUCACCCAUUGUAGGCCCUGUACCAAGUAACCUCUCAUCUUACCCUGCUCCCAUCAACUCAGUUCACUCACAUAGCCGCUGCGCUGUGGCCUCGCCGCCUGCAUUUGCGCCUUCACUCAGCGACUUGGCGCUGUGCGACUGUCAGUCCUAGCGGGGGUUAAUUUACACUUGGCCGGUUCCAUCCACUAGAGCACUGUCACUCCUAUCUCUGUGUGACAUGCCACAGGAGGAACAUUGCACAUUUGGUCCCUGUGCCAGAAGGCCACCCACCCCCGUGCUGUGCCCACUGCGGCAAGUCACCGGGGCCCCCAUCUGCUGUGGGCGUUCGGCUUGCCUUUAGCGUCAGAAGCAGCCUCAAGCUCACAGGGUCAAACCCAAGUACAUGCAUUGCAGUGUUGUCCGGAUGGCUUCAGACUACUGGAUGCCACCUACAGUCCUACAUGUUUUUGAAAAUAUAUUAAGGUUUUUUAUAGUCAAAUACAUAGAGAAUAGAUGUCUUUUCAACUUGGAACCUUCUGAUUCUUAUAGAAAAUUAUCCUUCCAUAGGAUACCAGAAAUAUUUAUUCAAGUUAAUUUGGUAACCUAAAAUAAUUUUCCACUUUUAUCAUCAGGGGGAUUUGUUUCUAAAUCGUAGUUUAAUUGAUAUUAGCCUUUGAUUUAUGCUCCCAACAUAUCUGAAGGCUUAUUUAUGAAUGGAUAAACUGGAUUCAUUGAUUCACUGAAUGGGGACGUUUUCUAUUUUUUCUCAGAAAUAAUCUCCUGGCUGCACUAAGGGCUAUUAAAGGUAGUGUAAACUGGGUGAUGCUUUUGACAGAACCAGAGAAGCCAAGUGGGCUUAGUGUUGGCAAGAUCAGCUAC